CGGGACAUGACACGUAGGCUUACAUCAAGCACUACCUGUUUCCAAGCUCCAACAUGGCGGACGACCUUGUACAGGCAGGUGGACAAGAAAUUCAAGAGUACUUUGAUGCCGCAGUAAAUGUAGCAAAGCAGGCAGGACAGGUUGUGUUAGAAGCUUUUCAUAAGGAAAAGGCCAUUGACACAAAGACUUGUGGAACUGAUUUGGUUACAGAAACAGACAAAUAUGUUGAGGAAUUAAUUAUUGGAACUCUACUGGAAAAAUUUCCAACUCACAGCUUUAUAGGUGAGGAGUCUGCAAGUGCUGGGAAGAAAAGCACUCUCACAAACAACCCAACAUGGAUAAUUGAUCCAAUAGAUGGUACAACUAACUUUAUUCACAGGUAUCCUAUGGUGGCAGUAUGUAUAGCCUUAGCUGUUAACAAGCAGGUAGAGAUUGGAGUAGUAUUCAACUCUAUAACAAAUGAGAUGUACACAGCAAGGCGAGGCAUGGGUGCAUUUUGUAAUGGAAAGCAAAUUCAUUGUUCAGGUGUUACAGAUCUAAGCAAUGCUCUUGUCAUUACUGAAGUGGGUUCAUCCAGAGAACCAGAAAUCAUAGAUGUAAAGAUGAAGAACCUUAGAAGACUUUUAGAGAAACCUGUUACAGUUCAUGGCAUACGAAUGCAGGGAUCAGCAGCCAUUAACUUGUGCACUUUAGCAAGUGGUGGGGCAGAUGCGAGUUAUGAGUUUGGACUUCAUGUCUGGGAUUUUGCUGCAGCUGGAUUAAUAGUUGAAGAAGCUGGAGGAGUGGUGCUAGAUCCUUCAGGUAAACCAGUGGACUUAAUGGCACGUCGUGUAUUAGCUGCCGCAACCAACGAGCUUGCCCAAGAGCUUUCUCAGUACCUUGACAGCAUAGAUUUGCCAAGAGACUAGGAGUUUGAUCUGUUUUAGUUGGUAUUGGAACAUUAUAAUUCUAGUAGUGUGAGGUCAUGUCAUUCUUUUGCGUACUGUGGCUCACCUCACUGCAUGUGCGUGACUGAUGAUGUGAAUUCAUUAUAAUCAAUAUCCUUGCAACAGCUAGAGUUUUCAAAAAUCAUACAUAAUUAUAGGGUUGGUGUAGUUUGGUAAUUCAAUUCAUUCUUAGUCACAUUUUAGCUUAACAAAAAAUCAUUUAUUCAUAAAUAUUUUUAUUUUCUGGUAAAAAGGUAUCUUGAAGCAAAGGUUUUAGUCAAGUUGACUAGAGGUCACGACCUAAAUUGCCUGACAUAAUUUUGUAACUUUUAUAUACAGUAUAUAUUACUACAGCUAGCAAAUUAUUUUUAUUACUAGUAUUUACUAGUAAUAAAUGUUUAGAAUGACAAUUGUAAGAAUAAACACAUACUUAACAGAAUUUACUAGUGUUUUAUUUGUUUCCAAAAUCUCCUGUGUUUGUUGAAACUCCUGACACUUAGUUUGAAUGAGAAGUAAGAGUUAUACUAUAGUUAACAGAGUAAAGCUAACUGUAGACUAACUAGCCUGUGUGACAGGCUGUAGAAGGGGAGGGAAGGGGUCAAAAUGAGCACAGGAGGAUCAAGCAUGCUUUGAGGAGGGAUGGCCUGCAUCCCCUACCCUCAUGCGCUUUGUGUGCUUGAUCCUCCCGCUUUCUGUGCACUCGUCUUUCCCCUUUCCCUUCCCUUCCGACGCCUACCACACAGGCUAUGAACUAACUGGUGUGUCGUUCAGACUUUGCACACCAAGUCUGUUAGCUGUCAGAUGCAUCAUUACCAUAGCUACGUGUACUGACAAUAGUGUUAACCUAUACAGCUAAAGUUGAGCUUACUGGUACGCUCUGACAGUAGGUUUUGAUAUGAAAUAUUUAACUAUCAAGUUAUCCCCAGCCAUUUUAUACUUCCAUUUCAUUUUUUCAAAAUAUUUUUUUUUACAAUAAAAUUAUUACAUCUACUGGUAAGUAAAAAGGUCACUUGCCUUGCCAGUAUGGUUUGAGGAUUGUGAUAUGGUUUUUUUUUUUCUAAUCAGUAAAUGCAGAUGAAUGCUUGGAUAAUUUUGAAAGUAAAUUUGUGACAAUUACUCCCAUGGUAAAUUCACAUCUUUAUUCACUUAUCACAAUUAUUGUGCCUUUUCAUAACACAAACUCUGAAGUUCAAAACCUAGCCUGCAGAACAGGCGUAAUUUUUUUCAAAACCUAACAAACAAUUCAUUUUUGUUGCUGUCAAUCAUAAUUACAACGACAACCAACCAACUGUGAAAUAAAGAAACAAACAACAAAGUUUGAAAUCUACCAAUCAUAACCCCUUUUAGACCCAUUAAAGGGAACUUGUUUCCUGACAAGUCUGCUAAGAUGACUGACAGCAGCAAAACAUGAAACUGUUGAUUGAGAAGAGUUCAUGUAUUAUUGAAGAGCCUAGUAAAUGACCCUUGGCCAGCCUUUUUUUAUUUAUUAAUAGACUUCACAUCACCUGGUGGGAUGUUGCAUGAGAGUACUUUAUUUUGGUAGCCAUUCAAUUCAUGGCUUUGCAACUCUAGUUCAAUACUUCCCUGCUAAAGCAAAGGCAAGCUACACUUUAGUGUUCCCCUUCAAUAUAAGCUCUGGUAGUAUGACCAACUGGCACUAUUAGUGACAACUAGCAGAAUGAGACCUCCCCUUUGUGAAUAACAAAAUAAAUAAAUAUGAACUCUGAUAGUUGUAACCAAUGGACAUAACUUGUGAAAGAGUGAUAAUAUCAUUUUGUGGUUUAUACCAGUCCUAUUUAAUUUGUAACACCUAUUUAAAUUCUUUUCAUAUCACUGGAUGUAGGAUUUUCAAACAUGUCUAGCCAAAUCGACAUUUUCAUUGUAAAACUCUGUAGUAAUAAUUAUUGUAUAUCUACAUGUAACAGUAGUUUUUUUUUCUAGUU